AUGUCAGCGCCUCUACUCAGGAUAUUCAAGUUUUACUUCAAGCUUUUGCGAACCUACCACAGCGAGUUGGCCACCCAAGGCACAUCUGGUCUUGUGACCGUCAAGAUCGCCUCGGACGAAAAGUCGUACACCCUUUACAAGGAUAUGCUCACCCACUACUCAAAAUACUUCAAAAAGGCUCUAAAAGGAGAGUGGAAGGAAGCCCAGGGUGGGGCGGUAGUCCUAGGAGACGUCGAUUCCGUGAUCUUCGAGCUCUUUGUGAACUGGAAGCAGCAGCAAAAGAUACACCUGGAUUUUGCUAGAGCCUCACUAAAGAACACGAAGGAUGACUGGUCCACGGCACCGGCGCACGAAGAUGAUGAGGACGACGAGGAAGAGGACAAUAAUUCUACCACACCGGAAUCAAUCGAGCACGACGACUUGUUCGGUCUCUCUCCGUUCGACAUCGACCUCGUCCUCCUUCUCCAAGGGUCCAUCUUCGCCGAUCGGUUUCUGAUGUCAGACUUCAAGGACGCCCUACUCUACGCCUUCGUCGACGAGAUAAUCGCUAUGCCCCCAGCUUCCUUCAAAUUCAUCAUCUUCGCCGAUAAAAAGGGACUGCUUCCCGGUUCAGGCCCAGUCUUGGAUCUCUUGGCUGACGCGCACUGCAAGUCCUGGCGAGUCGAUUCAUCUGAAGAUGACGUGCAGUUGAUUGAUGACCUGCCGAAAAAGUUUACCCGACAUCUGAUUUUUCGUGGAGGCUUAUUGAAUCAGGGAGCUGGAGCCCCGGGGGAUGAGCUGAUAGCAUGCGAUUACCACGGCCAUGCCACGCAAGCCGAGUUUCAGGGCUGUGCCGCACGGAAAUCGAGGGUGUUGGUUUCGGGACCGGAUAUAGUCUGAGUGAUACAGGUUAUCGGAGGAAGAGAGAGUCGGAAUCUUGAUCUCAUCGUCUACAGGAGCUGCUCACACCAAUGGGCGUAUCUUGCCACCUGCGUCAAGAGCUAGGAUAUAGCAUGGAAAGAAACCGAUGAUCUCUGCGUAGUGGUGGACGAUGUAGAAACCUACGCCUUUAACAUCUUCGCCAACGGCAUUCCGCUCGUGGACUAAAUCGUGGAACAUGCACUGACCGAAUCGUGGACCGCUAUGAUGUCAAUUAUGCAUUUAACAUGCUCCCUGAGCCAACCUCGAUCCUCCAAUUGAUCAUGGAUGCCGAAUUAUCGCUGGUCUACUCGCGUGAGGAGAAGAGGAAGC